AUUCAGACUGCUUCUACAAACAUUAGUGAAAGAAUGGGUCGCUCUCAGGAGCUCAAUGAAUUCAGGAGUGGUACCGUGAUAGAUUGCUACCUGUGCAAUAAGUCCAUACGUGACAUUUCCUUGCUACUAAAUAUUCCAGUCACCUGUUAGUGGUAUUAUAACAAAGUGGAAGCAACUGGGAACAACAGCAAUGUAAAAUGUCAGAGCAGGGUCAGCACAUGCUGAAGAGCACAGUGGGCAGAAGUCACCAACUGUCUGCAGAGUCUAUAACUAAAGACCUCCAAACUUUGUUUCCAGUGAAGGGAACUCUUAAGGCAUCAGCAUACCAAGACAUUUUGGACUAUUUCAUG